AUGCAGACGCAAAGUGUCCGGACCCUGGUCCUGAUCCUGGCCAUGGUCCUGUACCUGCUCAUAGGAGCCGCUGUGUUUGAUGCACUGGAGUCUGAGAGUGAAGGUCUGAGGAAACAGGAUCUGGAGCAGAAGCUGAACGAGCUGAAGAGGAAGUACGGCUUCAGGGACCAGGACCUGAAGGACAUGGAGACAGUGGUCCUGCAGGCGGAGCCGCACCGAGCCGGUACGCAGUGGAAGUUCACCGGAUCCUUCUAUUUCGCCAUCACUGUCAUCACCACAAUCGGUUACGGUCACGCCGCUCCUCGUACUGAUGCUGGAAAGGCCUUCUGCAUGUUCUACGCGGUGCUGGGCAUUCCUCUGACCUUGGUCAUGUUCCAGAGUCUUGGUGAACGCAUCAACACCUGUGUCCGCCUGGUCCUGAGCAGAGCCAAGCAGGGCCUGGGUCUACAAAAGACAGAUGUGUCCAUGGGGAACAUGGUUGUGGUGGGUUUACUGUCCUGCAUGAGUAUGCUGUGUAUUGGAGCUGCAGCGUUCUCCCACUUUGAAGACUGGACCUUCUUCAACGCCUACUACUUCUGCUUUGUCACCUUAACCACCAUCGGCUUCGGGGACUUCGUGGCCCUACAGAAGACAGACGCUCUGCAGAAGCGCUACACCUACGUGGUCUUCAGCUUCAUGUACAUCCUGGUGGGACUCACAGUCGUUGGGGCUUUUCUUAAUCUGGUGGUGCUCAGGUUUUUGACCGUCAGCGCCGGGGAGCUUAAUGGGAGGCAGGAGGUGGGACCACAGCCCAAGGAAACCCAGGAGGGGUCAGGGGAGUCAGAGGGGUCAGAGGCUGUGGCACAAACAGCUGAUGUCCCUAAACUCAGCAGGUUCGGGGCCUUGUGUUCCUGCAUGUGCUGCAGCGAUGACGUCUACGAACACCCCACGCCACCUCACAGCCCACAGAUGGGGGGGCACUGUAACCCUGUCUUUUACAGCUCCAUCUCCUACAGGGUGGACCGGACCUCCUGCAGCUCCGGCACCAGGUCCCCACUGGCCUCCCCAAGCAGCGCUGCUCUACUCUUAGACGGGAACCAGCCCCACACCAGGAGGAGGUCACUUUGA